AUGGUCGUAGUGGUCGCUCACUUGCUUGCAGGUGAGACUACGCCUAGCGUCCAUUUGCUGGCACCCAACUCUCACCUGUGGCUCCACGUAGCUGGGCUCUGCUCAGCGGCCACACCCCGGGCAACCGUCUCGACCGGCGGGCUAAACCAAGUGAGGGCGCUGUGCGCUUGUGCCGCGUGCACAGUGUACUGCGGACUCCGCUGGAUGAAUGGUCGGAUGAAACACUGCGCCGGCAUCGUCGAGACGAGGCUCUGCCUGGUACGCCGUUGGAUAACUGCUGCCGGGACGGGUCUCCGCAUCGCCUUCGCUGAGACGCGCCCACCCUCGCCGACGGAGACCGCGGACUCACUGCAUAUGCGGUCGUUCUCCACUACGAACAUAAAAGUCGUGGCCCCAUAAUGGGAUCGGUCGCGCCAACCAGGCACAUGGGCAGCCCGAUUCAGGGGCGGCACUGCCUCCCCCCACGAGGGGAAGGGCCUAGAAAAGGUGGCCUAAACAUUGCUGGGUACCACGCCGUCUUCAGGCUAGCCAGGGCCGCAGACGUCUAAUCAUGGUCGAAACAAUCAAAAUCGAAACAACAACAAUACCAAUAACAACAACAACCAUACUCCUUCUCCUCAUCCUACCUCUUCUACCUCUUCCUCUGCCUAUUCUUCUCCUUCGUCACCUUCUUCUCCAUCUCCCUCCCGUCGCCCCACUCGUCGUCACCAGACUGGCAGGGUGAGUCCGCUCACUCUGGCAGCCUGGAAUGUUCGUUCCCUUUUAGACAAUCCGCGGAGCAACCCACCGAAAAGGAGGACAGCGUUAGUGGCACGAGAACUGGCGCGCUACAAGGUGGACAUCGCCGCACUCAGCGAGACCCGUUUCUCCGAACAAGGCCAACUGGAGGAGGUGGGUGCCGGCUACACCUUCUUCUGGAGCGGUCGACCCAGGGCAGAGCGACGGGACGCGGGUGUCGCCUUCGCCAUUCGGAACAACAUCGUGGGACGACUGCCCUGUUUGCCGCAGGGCAUCAACGAUCGCCUGAUGAGCCUCCGCCUGCCUCUCCGGCGAGGGGGCCAAUUCGCCACCAUCAUCAGCGCCUACGCUCCGACCAUGACCAACCCCGACGCCGUCAGAGACAAAUUCUACGAGGACCUGCACGCCCUCUUGGCGGCUGUGCCGAUGGCGGACAAGUUGGUUGUCCUUGGCGACUUCAAUGCCCACGUCGGCACAGAUCAUACUGCCUGGAGAGGAGUGCUGGGUCCCCACGGUCUCCGCGGCUCAAACGACAAUGGUCUGCUGCUGCUCCGCACCUGCGCAGAACACCGCCUUAUCCUGACAAACACGUUCUUCUGUCUGCCGGAGCGAGAGAAGGCCACUUGGAGGCAUCCUCGGUCGCGUCAGUGGCACCUGCUGGACUAUGUCCUUGUCCGAAGGCGUGACCAGCGGGACGUGCUGGUGACGAAGGCGAUCGCGGGUGCUGACGGGUGGACCGACCAUCGCCUCGUCAUCUCGAAGAUGCGUAUUCGCCUACAGCCUCGCAGGAGACCUCAAGGUAAGCGACCCCCAGGUAAGCUGAAUGUUGCCUUGUUGUCCUUGCCCGCUCACCAUCUCCAUUUCAGCAAUGAGCUAGCUCAACGGCUAGACAACCUCCCCAUCGCCGAUGCCGCCGCUGCCGAAAACGCCUCCGUGGAGAACCGCUGGUGUCAACUGCGAGACACGGUCCAGGCGACGGCGCUCACCGUCCUCGGUCGUGCUCCCCGCCAACACCAGGACUGGUUUGACGACAACGACGCCGCCAUCAGAAAUCUGCUUGCUGAGAAGAACCGCCUACACAAAGCCUACGAUAACAAAGCUGCUUUCUACCGCAGUCGCCGCCACCUCCAGCAGCGACUGCGUGAGAUGCAGGACGCCUGGACUGCUCACAAAGCUGAGGAGAUCCAAGGCUACGCAGACCACAACGAAUGGAAAAACUUCUUUUCUGCGAUCAAAGCUGUCUACGGUCCACCGACAAAGGGCACUGCUCCUCUCCUCAGCGCCGACGGCAGUACUCUCCUGACUGAGAACACGCAAAUCCUUCAGCGAUGGGCCGAGCAUUUCCGAGGCGUCCUAAACCGCCCUUCCGCCAUCUCCGACGCCGCCAUCGCGCGUUUGCCGCAAGUCGAGACCAACGCGGACCUAGACCUCCCGCCAUCUCUCCAGGAGACCAUCAGGGCCGUGCAGCAGCUCUCCAGCGGGAAAGCACCCGGAUCGGACGCAAUCCCUGCUGAGGUCUACAAGCACGGAGGUCCCCAACUCAUGGAUCACCUGACUGCCCUCUUCCAGGAGAUGUGGCGUCAAGGUGAAGUCCCGCAAGAUUUCAAGGACACAACAAUCGUGCACCUAUACAAGCGAAAAGGGAAUCGCCAAGUCUGCGACAAUCACCGUGGCAUCUCCUUGCUGAACAUCGCCGGGAAGAUCUUCGCUCGCAUCCUUCUCAACCGCCUCAAUAACCACCUGGAACAGGGCCUUCUGCCAGAAAGCCAGUGCGGAUUCCGUCGUCAUCGUGGGACCAUGGAUAUGAUCUUCGCCGCCCGCCAACUUCAGGAAAAGUGUCAGGAGAUGCGGACCCACCUGUACUCUACCUUCGUGGACCUGACGAAAGCCUUCGACACGGUGAAUCGUGAAGGACUGUGGAAGAUCAUGCAGAAAUUCGGCUGUCCAGAGCGAUUCACUCAGAUGGUGCGCCAGCUGCACGACGGUAUGAUGGCGCGAGUCACGGACAACAGAGCUGUCUCAGAGGCAUUCGCUGUGACUAACGGAGUGAAACAGGGAUGCGUGCUGGCACCAACCCUCUUCAGUCUUAUGUUCUCUGCCAUGCUGAUGGACGCCUACCGCGACGAACGUCCCGGGAUUCGCAUCGCCUACAGGACGGACGGCCACCUGCUGAAUCAACGGCGGAUGCACUUCCAAUCACGCGUAUCCACAACAACCGUUCACGAACACCUCUUCGCCGACGACUGCGCCCUGAACACCACCUCAGAAGAGAAGAUGCAACGGAGCAUGGACCUGUUCUCCGCCGCCUGCGAGCACUUCGGUCUGGUCAUUAACACGCAGAAGACGGUGGUGAUGCACCAACCGCCACCCAACUCAGCCACAGCCCCCAACGCGUCGGCGCAAAUCAGCGUGAAUGGAACCCUACUGCAAAUGGUGGAGAACUUCCCGUACCUGGUCAGUACUCUCUCCCGCACCACCAAGAUUGAUGACGAAGUCGCCAACAGGAUCUCGAAAGCCAAUCAAGCCUUCGGUCGUCUCCAAAGCACAGUUUGGAAUCGUCACGGUCUUCAACUGAACACGAAGCUGAAGAUGUACAAGGCCGUUAUCCUGCCGACGCUACUGUACGGAGCAGAGACCUGGACGGUGUACACGAGGCAGGCACGCCGUCUGAACCACUUCCACCUCAUUUGUCUUCGUCGCAUCCUGCGGCUGAACUGGCAGGAUCGCAUCCCCGACACUGAUGUGCUGGAACGAACGCGAAUGCUCAGCAUCUACUCCAAGUUGAGACAAAUGCAGCUGCGCUGGAACGGCCACCUGGUGCGCAUGGACGACGAGCGGCUACCCAAACGACUCUUCUACGGAGACGUCGCGACGGGUUCUCGUCGUCAAGGAGGCCGAAUUCGUCGAUACAAGAAUACCCUGAAGUCCUCCCUGAAGCUACUGCAAAUCAACCCGACCAACUGGGAAGAGCUCGCCUGCGAUCGUCCGGCAUGGAGAAGAACAGUGAAGACGGGCGCUGCUAUCCGCGAAGCCAACCGCAUCGCCGCCGCCAAAGCGAAACGCGAAGCCCGCAAAUCACAACUGCGCCCAGUCAGGAACGCUGUCGCACAACUGCUUCCAACGUGUCCUCGAUGUUAGCGGACAUUCCGGGCUCGAAUCGGCCUUGUUGGACAUCUUCGGAUCAACUGUACCUCUCGAACUGCACCAAACUUCAUCCCCCCGCCCGCGUCAUCCUCGUCCUCUCUGCCGCCGAAUAACUCUCUGAAUUCUUCUGCACCACCACUUCCAUCCUCCUCCUCCCCCUCCUCCCCCUCCUCCUCCUCCUCCUCUGCCUCCUCUGCCUCCUCUACCUCCUCUGCUUCCUCCUCCUCCUCCUCCUCCUCCUCCUCCACCACCACCACUACCCCCACCACCACCACUGCCCCAACGGCGGCCGCUCAGGCAGCCGUCUCGCACAUCUCUGACCGCGACACAACAACCGGCACCACCCCCGCCUCUCCUGACUCCAGCAAUGAGAAUCAGGACUACACCUGCCCUCACUGCGACCGCACCUUCACCUCACACAUCGGCCUGGUCGGUCACUUGCGAAUCCAUUGCACAGAGACCGGAGAACCAGUGCCUGAAGCACCAACCUACACCCACCAAGCUCGUCUCAACUGUCCACACUGCCCUCGCACUUUCAGGCACCACAUGGGCCUAUUCGGCCACAUGCGCAUCCACGACGACCUGCGGUAGACAACCGCCGGUUACACCACACAUCCACACUCCCUACCCUCCUCCAGCAUCACCAACACACAUCAACACUUACCCAACGCAUGCACCAACUGCCACCUUCCACGCAAGUGGGAAGUGUGCAUCUCGUUUCGGUUCCCACGCGGCUUCGGCUGUACGGGUGAUUUGAGUCCGAGACUAUCCCGACACUUCAAGCGUCGUGGAUAGGAAGGUUGCUGAUUGAGGCCCGCUCUCGGUUCACGCAGUUCGUCGCGUUGUCUGUGUGUGCUGUGUGGAGUGGCGGACUGGUGGGCUGGGAACGGGCUGAAGCAGCAUCUUCCACGGCCCUCUCACGCAAGUGAGAGACACGCCGUUCAACCCCCGUUGUGCGAAAUCCUGGUGUUUGUGUGUGUAUGGGGGGCCAGGUCGUGCUGUGGCGCGCGCAGUCACGGUCAGUCGACCGUGGCAGCCACCGUGCCCAUCCACCACUCCAGUUUGCCGACCGGCUCGGACGGCGGCUGGAGUGUGGGAAUGGGAAGGGAGAGUGAGGUCGACUACUCAGCGCACUUUUUCCUCACUAUAAUCAAUCUGACGUGCUUGAAGCUAUCACGGUGCGCUAAAAGCCGUGGCUUGGAAGGUUGCCAACUGACGGGGUACCUUGGACCUCCUCCUUAACGGGAGGCGGUCUGAGAGUCAGGCUGCAAUGGCUCCUUUUUAAUGUGGCCUUUAUGGCACUCCCACCACAGUGUGGGAUCCGAGCCAGGCGUUGGCGGCACGCCUAGGUGCGGCUUCGGCCGUGCCAGCCUCCAAAUCUCUGUUGUGUUAGUUGAAAUCCUGGUUAUUGUUGUGUGGACCAGGGGGGUGUGGUGGAACGCCAAGGUGAGGAUCCGUCCGAGCCAUCCACCUGCGGCCUCCCUCGUCUGCGGUCUUCUUGACUCUGUCUUGACACCGGGCUCGGGCGAGGGAGGUGGAGAGAGUGUAGGUAGAUGCAGCGCAAGUCUACUGGCACUAUAAACCCCUGCGCAAGUCACCGUCCCUGCUCCAACCUGCUGUGGGGCACACGGUGGACAUAAUCGAAAUCGAUGGUCGAACUGUCAUUUUGCAGAAAUUGCGGAAAUCGGAGUAUGACGUUGGCUCACAUAGGGUCCAUUGUACUACUCGAGCUGGAAAAUUACUUUGCAGAACUCGCGUUCUUUAGGGAUAACAGUCCGUGAAUAGCGUUAAAAAGCUUCACUAAUACCAAAACCGUAAUUUGGUUGGCAAACAACAUUAAGUUCGAAAUACUUUUUCGCAUUGUAUAUGUGAAAAUGUGCAGUUUAAAUCUUUGCCUUGGCAUGGUGGCGUCUGAAACGGAGUUUUCUCUUGUAGCCGUAAAAACACUAGUUGAAAAUACUCACCUAGCGCGACAUGGAUUGCGCCAUCAGCUUUAGAAAAUUCACACACUAUUUGAACGAAUAGGUGGAUGAAUUCCAGCAUAAAAAGAUAACUGGCAUCGCACAGCCAGCUUAUAUUCGUGUUUAUUCAAUCCGAGCAUGAGUAAAACCCUCUAUUGGAACUCACUGGCAGUCCGUGGAAUUCAGUGUUCGGCCUUGUCCAUAGUGAUCCUCGAGGGCCCCUGGCCUUUGGAAGAGAGAAAAUUUCCAAAACGUCAUUACAAAUGUAAUUGGGUACAUUAAGUCACCUCUUCUUCUUCUUCUUCCUCUUCUUCCUCUUGAUCUUCUUCUUCCUUUUCCUCGUCAUUCUUGAGAUAUGAUGGACACGAUACGAUAGCUGGCAGUCUGACAACGACUAAUCACCGCAUACCUCCAUGGCCUUUUAGGAAAACCAUCAUCUGCCUACUCUGUUAAUCGCUAUUCGACUGCUUGUCAGACCUCUUAAUGCUAACCGCAUAAUUCAGUGGCAUGUCAUUAGAACAAACAGAAAUUGAAAUUUAAAAUAAUAUCAUUUUAUCACUGCUUAUUAUUUAUGUGUUUGGUCAAACCUGCUGAAUUUAGAGGAUCGACGUAGGUUAAUCUUUACCACGAAUUUUAGAAAUCGAAUUAUGCCCGUUGGCUCCCAUGUGGUCCAUUAUACUACUCCAGCUGGAAAACUACUUUGUAGGACUCGCGUUCUAUAGGUUACAUAGUUCCGGAAUUGCAUUGAAAAACUGCGCUAAUAUCAAAAGCGUGAUGUAGUGGGCAAAUGACAUUAAGUUCAAAGUACUUUCUCUCUUUUCUUAAAAUGUCCACAUCCAAUCUUGGGCGUGGCAUGAUGGCGUCUGAACCGGGGUUUUCCCAAUUAGCCGCUUGAAAACACUUCGUAGAAAAUAUUCACCUAGAGCGACAUGGAUUGCGUCACCAGCUUUAUAAAAUUCACACACUAUUUGAACGAACAGGCGGAUGAAUGCCAACGUAUUAACCUGUAAGUCAGUGGUCUAACUGUUCCCUGUAAACACCCCUGUUUCUCACUCAUGACACGCAUGAAUAAACUUCUUUAGUAGCAAUCAUUUCCUACUCUGUUUUGCUCAGUUUUCAAAAACUACAAUUAUUCAUGCCACUUAUGAGUGUUUUGUCGCCCCAAUUUCCUCAAUGCACGCAGUGGACUCAUGAGGGAUACGGACCAAUCAGAACGAUCGAUCGAUUGGGACGCUGGGGACUGUAUACUAGAACUGCGGUGCAGGUCGACUGUGCUCAAAUCUCGGGAUGAAAGUGAUCGGUGUACGUCUCCACUGUGUGGUCCUGCCCCUGGCACUCUUCGUCUUCGUUGCUGAAGUGUACGUUCCAUUCUCCGCUAUUUAUAUCUAUUUUAUAACCUGUGAAUAUGAAGAUGAGAGCGUUUCCCAUGUAAUUCUCGAAGGUACUGCGACAGUGGCGAUGGUUGUGUCGUGGAAGGUGCGAGUAAGGAACAUUGGCGUGGAGCCGUCAUUCUCAGCGUUAUUUGCAUUUUGUUGCAUGUUUUUAUAAAAUUGGGGGUAUAAUUGAAGAUGCAAUGACCGCAGCAAAUGUCAAACACUUCUUCGAAUUACAGGCAGGCAGUGGGCAUCUGUGACUGGGACAUGCGCACUUACACGACGCAGAAGGGUCCAGUUCACUUAAGGACGGUCCGCAGUGGGAGAUAUGGGGUGAGCAACCAUUUCCAACCUUCCAGCAUGCAGUAGUGUUGGCCUUUUUUGCCCUGUCACAUGAAAUCUUGCUUUUCGGCCCUUCUGACAGCGUGGAUACAUUGGUGAAGUGCCGUUUGCUGCAAAGUGGUUUAGCCGGACCACGUGUUACCUUGGUGAUGUGAAAUUCAGAUGCGUGUACGCUGACGGUACGUUCGACGAAAUGCAGUUUGUCGAUAUUGGCUGAAGUACUUGCCCAUCGACUUUGCGAGGCAAAAUAACCACGGUGUUUUUAUAAAUUUCCACUGAUCAUAUAGAUGGCGAAAUUUUGGGAACGAAUAUGACGGUGCCAAACAUCACGAAUGUUGACACGAUAUUCAUUGACAGCACCUACCCUGUGACAGUCCACAGAAUCGAAACCCACGUUCAGGACAAAUCCUUUCCAGGUUGGUCUCUCAGUCACUGAGACCCUUCUUCAACCGCAACUUAUUCUGAGCAGUUCUUCUCAACAUUCUUGCUUCACAUGCGCGUUUCCCUGGCUUUUCAUUGGGGACUGACAUGCUUGCUGAAAUCUUCAACCCCUUUAGAUCGUUUCGUAGUUGACGAGGACAUGCAUCUGACGAAGUGCCCAAAAUACAAGCGGACGACAUUGGUUUAGAAAUUUCCCGGGACGGUGCAGACGAGGAGAGCAGUAAGUGGUUUUCUGUUGAUUAAACCAAAGCUGGGUGUUUGGAUUGAAACAGUUCUGCUGGCCACCUGUGCUACUUGGUAGAUGGUGCAAGUGUUUGUUUGGGUGGGUUGAACUACAGUGAAGAAAUGCCUCGCUGUGAGCGGCAGACGACAAGUAGAUUUUCCGUGCUUUUUAUUCCUUAGUUAUUUUCCUUCCAACAGAAUAGUUUUGUAAUGCACUAGGCUGUUCACUGAAGCGCACGCUAACAGUACAUGUCGGUGUAUUUGUAUUCAAAGAAGUAUCAAUAUAUUAGGAGUGGUGUGGAGGAGACGAGUGGGGGAGUGGGGGAAGGAGGGCAAGGGCGAAGGAGGAGGAUGAGUCGGAGAUAAAGGAGAUAUAGAAAGAGGAGGAGGAAGAAGGAGAAUGUAGAAGAGUGGGAGAGGACAGUUGAGGGUACGCAGAAUGAGGGAGAGGAGGAAAAGUAGGAGGGAGAGAAGUAGAGGUGGAGAAGGAGAAUGGUAGGAGAUUGGGAUGGGUAGUCUCAAGUCGGUCCAAUCAGUCGGCUCUCUGAACUAAUCUUGUGAGCCGAAUAAGCAAAGAGGGAGGAUGUUUAUGGUGAGUAUGACAGCGCGUUUAAGAGGCAGGGAGGUUAAGUAGGAGGGGUGGGUAGAUGAAGGGGGAACAGUAGGCGGAGGAGGAGACUGGCAUGGGUGGUCCCAAGUCGGCCCAACUUUUCGGUCUUCCGGACCUGUCUCGUGAUCACAAUAAGUACAGAAAUUGUCUAUUCUCCCCUAGUUCGAAUGCUUUCGAGGCGAUGUGAGGCUGUGCAGAGGAACAACAAUAAAGAACGAGACCGGCAAAUGUGGUGAGUUAAGUAAAUUUCACCCCAGACCUCUUUUGCACUGCUAUAGACAUAACUGCCUACUGUCAUACAUAUUAGUAAGCAUAUCAGAAUAGAAUUGUUUUUUGUAUGCCUCUUACUGGAUCCCAAAGGCAAAAGUCCAGUAUGUCUUGUUUUACUUCCCAGUGGUGACCGUUGCAGGCCAGAACCUCAUUCACACUCUGACUGUGAAGGAGUCCAGAGGUGACGUCGAAUUUUUCUACUGCCGUCUCAGUCCAGCCACCCCGCAUCGUGCACUGACAUACAACGUUGAUUGGCGAUGUAAGUACUUGCAAACAUCACUCCUCCUAUUUAAUCUAGAAGUGUUUAUGUAUGGAAAACGUAAAAUUCCACACGGACUUUGUUGUAUAUGGAAGCGAAAUAGGUGUGCAAACUCAUAAAAUAUUGACUGAAAUGUGUCUUCGACUCAAAAAUAUUACUUAACUAGGGCUCUAAUAUUAAGGACAAUGCGUCAUGAUCCCGAAAAUACGUUCCCUACUUCAGGAUGGCAGUUUGAAGAGAACUUCUUUCCGGCUGCCUGCGAAAACUACGCUCUGUAGAAAAUGACUGCUAACAAGGCAUGAUGUUUUCUCAUUGAUUUUAGUUGCCCUUAUAAAUUCAAAUAUAUUUCAAAGAAGAAACUCACAAAAAUUAUUCACUGUUUUACUAUUUUGUUUAAAAAACCUUUUCAAUUCGUGAAUAGUUUUGAAUCGGACCUGCCUUUAUACUUUCACUCAGGGUUUCCAAAGUAGAAGUAGCAUAUUUUCUGUGUUCGAAAAUUCAUCUUUUCGUAUACGCUGCUAAUAGGGGUUCAUAUUGUUUUGCAGGCGAUGUAAGCCAUAUUGUGAAUCUUAACAACAACAUAAUUAAAUGCAGAGACACGAUGUCUUAUGCAACGGCAUUUCAGGGUCUUAAAAAUCUCAUAUUUAAAAGCUUUUCAAAACGGAAUUAUAACCUUCCUCUAAGUGCAAAAUCUAAAUAAAACGGAAUUUUUAACCAAAAUAGUAAAACAGUGAGUAUUUUGUGAAUAUCUUCCAUGAAAUAUACUUGAGUACAGAAAUGCAUCGAAUAUGAAUUAAAAAAACGUACUAAUUACGCAGUCAUUUUCUACAGAGUGUAAGUUUUCCAGGUGGCGGUAAAAAAAUAUAUUUUACAACUCGGCAUCUGAAAUAAUUGAAGUAUCUUGGGAUUCUGGUGCUUGGUAAUUAAUAUUAUAUGCCUACUUAAGUAAUCUCCAUAGUUGAAGACGCAUUUCAGAAUUUCGGGUACACUUUUUUGAGUUAGCACAUCUAAUGCAAAUUGCGAGAUGUGACGAUAUGACUUAUUUAAAAGGCAUCCAGUAAAACACAACAAUCUGAAAUAGCACAUCUGUCUAUAAGUCAGCAUGACAAGGUAAAAACCAAUAAAUCUAAGAUGACUAAAAUGUCUGCCAAAUGAAUCUCACCCCCACUUGGUAAGUUCCGUCAGCUAGUUGAAAUAUGCACGAACACAUCGCUGUUAACAUCAUAGUCACUCCCAAAAUGGCCUAAAAUUAUUGGCCAAUACAGCGCUUAUUGCGAUGCACGAAUAAAUUCACGAGCAAGACACUUGACGGGACAUUCAAAUCGAAAAAAGACUGGUAAUAACCUUAAAGGCGUUUCCGAAUGUUCUAACCUUAAAACUGACUCAUAUAAAUAUUUACAUAAUUAACACUUCAAAAUCCGUGGAAAAUCCAAAUUCUGUAUGCCGAAUUUUAAUUAGAAGAAUAAAUCUGGAACACUGCAUUCGAAAAAUAGGAUAAAACUAUUUAUUUGAACUUCCUUCAAUUUUAGACGCACAACCCAUUCCGCUGGAGGCAACAACGACAGAGGCAGCAGGAGGUAAUGCAAAAACGAAACAAGGGGUGACACUGCUGAUGACGGAAGAUAGCAUGUGAAUGAAGCGGAAAUGAGGAUUAGGAAAAGGUUCAGAGAACGUGACUUCCUCGACAUAGUCCCUUGGCAUGAAUAACUGUUUACGGGUGCUUCAGAGAAAUAGAGGUUCAUCCGCGGUCGUGCUCUGGCCGGGCGCUCAGAAUGCAGCUCGCAUUACUGUCAAGGUGAUGAUGGCCAUUUAAAUUGUAAAAUCACCCAGCUUCCGAGGGGAAGGUGCCUGUAUUUCAGACAUCGUACUUUCGUGAGUUACUAUGCAGAUCGCGGGUAUCAGAGAUGUAGCCAAAUCAAAAUGAAGUAGAUUACCUGUAAACAAAAUCUGGGCUUCGAUAGAGGCAUCUGACCGUCCUUAGCUUGCUCAUCUGUGAUCUCAUGGAAAGUGGGGCUGUGUUAACACUCCCAAUCGUGUGCUGGCAGACAUUUUGAUUGCAUCUCUGACGCACCGACCGAUUCGUCGUCCGUGAGAGUUUCCGAUAUGGAUGUAGAGAGGGAGGUGACGAUGGAAUGACACAGUCCUAUGCACUCGGUUCUGCGUGCGAUCGUUCUUUGCGCACUCCGUAGUCAGGAAUCUUCAGCUUCUGUUAAAACUAUAUUUGGAGCCUGAAGGCAUAUGCGAAUCAAAGAUGACCGAGUAAAUUUGACGGUAUUCCGCCUGUGUGUUCACGGGAUACCAUCACGCCCUGUCGCGUCUGCUCCCAACGUGUUUAUCGCAUGCUAGUGUUUGGUGGUGACAACGGUGUGCUUCCUUACUCGGGUCAUAACCUCAAAGGAGGCACGUUGACUCGUCUGUAUGAUGGUGCCUUGACUCAGCACCCAGUCGACCACUGAGUCAACGUCGGUGAUGACCGGUCUGCAUGUAAGUCGAAAGUUCUUUGUUUGAGCGUGUGCACACGCGUCUGCCCAGGUGGUAUGAUAAUGUAGAUGAAAUCCCCUGAUGUGCUACCGGAAUGGCCUGAGAUCAACAGUUCAUAUCUGCGCAUAUGCACUUCUACAUAAGUAGUUGCGCAAAUUAUAAAAAUGAACACGGCGGUGGAAAAGAGGAAUUGAGUUAUACAUCAGAAGACGAGGCGGCGAGCAUACGUAGCUUUCGAUAAAUUCUCGUCGGGCCAGUACAAUUAUAUGGGAAGGGGGUAGAAGUAAAAACACGUCAGUGAUAAGAUAAAUCGAUUAAAGUUCGCCUUAAAACACAGGCUGAAUGUGGAAAUGUGGGGGAGGGGGGGGGGUAAUAGCAGUCAGUGUCAGGGGCGGGGUGAGAGCGGAAGGGUGCGGGAGGGUUGUAGCGUUAGUCGACCUUCGACCACUGUAGGCGCGGUGCCUGAGCGUGGUUCUGCUGUGCGCACAAAAUUGGUUUUCGCAACAUAAUGGCGGCCGCCGCUGCUGUUGCUAACAGGCGCUGUCCCAGAGUUAUAUAUAGCAGACGCUUUUCUAUGUUGCGGAGGAAUAACACUCCUGUCCCAUAAUUUCAGACGUGGAACCAACGCCACCGAUGAAAGACAAAAAGAAUGAUCCAACGGAACGGAAUGCAGCACCGCCAGGUAAUGUUAAUGAAGCAGAAACUAAGCUUGUGAAAUGCUAUGGAGUAUGUUCAUUAUCUUCACUUACUUUUGUCAACCCAUACCUUUUAAAUGAGUGCUCCAAAAUUCUGAUCAUGCCCUUAUUCUUCCAGGUGAGGGAGGGGAUUUUCAGUGUUUUGAGUCAGGUGCUGACGCGGACACGUUCAUGUGGUGGUUGGGUCUGCAGAUGGUUGAGAUUCAGGAUUCUUAAUGCCUCAUGAGGCCUGACGACCGCUUCGGGUCACCACCUCAACAGGAUCACAUGUUUUGUUCCGCUGUGGAGUCGUUAGGCGAAUUCUCCAAUACGGUUGUUCUCCCUACUUUUGCUGCUGCUGAAUUGUUGUGAGUAGACAGUGACUGCGCGCUUCUGGUCAGGUCGGCUAGUCCGUCUUGCCCCGGACGACAGUUGUCGGGCUGUGCUUAGCAGCAGCAGACGGCCUAUAUCACUGUGGAAGUUUGUGGGCACCUACCCAGAACGGGUCACGUGGUAGAUACGCUGGUGAAAACACGGGGGAGAGGGAGAGGGGCCUAGGUUGGAGUCCAGCAGGCGUUACUGGGAGUGCGCACCCAUAAUAAAUGACAAGUUUCGGGGAGCGGUGGCAGGUCAGGUUGCUGACUCAUUCCGCGCCACCUGAGGCGCCUGUCGUCCCCCCAUCCCCGUCGUCGUCGGUGUUGUUGGCUUAUAUCCUGGCCAAGAGCUUUUUGUAGAUCAGGGCAUGCGGUAGUACGCCUAAAUGAGGGUUUUCGACGUGCCAGCCAUCUCCGGUCUUCCCGACUUGGCCAUGGCACCGGGUCCAGGCGUGAGUGCGAUGGAUGCUGUGCAAGUCUACCACCUUGAACUAAUUCACGCCCAAGUCACCGCAUCUCCUCUUAUUAGCUGCGGAGCACAGGCUAGACAACCUCGUAUACAACGGUCGAAAUACCAUUGACAUCUUUCUAUUUAGCGUAUUAUGUUACAAAGUUUAAAGAGGUUGAGGCACGCGCGGAAAACGUAUAAUUCCACGCGAGUUAUCGUAGACACGGAGGAAACUCACGAGAUUUUGCUAUCGUAAUUAACGAUUUGCAGUUGUUUGCUUUUAAGAAGGUGGCCAAAUGACUUAUCUAAAGCGCCAUCCCGCAAAACGCUGUAAUUCAACUAUAGCACAUCAAUGUAGAAGUCAGCUUGAUUUGGUAAAACCCAUUGUAAAAUUCAAAAGGCAAUUUGGCGAGCAUACGUCUGCUAUAAACUAAUUCACGCGCAGCUCACUGUCCCUGUUCUGAUCUGUUCCGGUAGACAACGUCGGAUGCGAUGGUCGAGCAGAUGGAGUGAGCCGGUGAUCUGGCGUUUCUCUUGACCCAGCCUUUCAGAAAUCUACAUUUCAUGUACAGGCCUCAGUAUUUUGCGCCUAACAUUGCCAAUGCAGGACGGGGAGAAUCAUGUGAUUUGGUAGAGGCAUCUGGUCGCCAUAGGCCUGCUCAUAUGUGAUCUCAUCGAAAGCAUAGCAUGUCUUCUCAUUCCUAGUCUCGCUCUUGUGAUCAUUUUGCCUGCAUUUUUGUCGAGCCGGCGAUAGUAUUUCUUCUUCCAUCAUAUCCUAGUGCUCUCGUAUCCUUAACUUUGUUUUUUACUUUAGGACUUUGUGAGUUUUCAUCUUCAGUACUGCAGGAAUAUUAUUUAAUCAUUUUUGUUGGUAUGUCUUUCGAGAAUUGGGAAAACCCUCUGCGUUCUGCGUCCGCAGACUUGUGGGGACGUUUCCCUGUCCCCAGUUCUAACAGUGUCUUAUCUCACGAAUUUCACCUUUCCGCACUCUUCAGUUGCGCCGCCGAAACAGGGGAACAGGUCAGAUGAUAGACAGCAACCAGAUAUGACGAUUGCGCAUACGACUUCCGAUGCAAGGCGUCUGACGGGUAAGAGUUAAUUUCAAUGUGAUCCUAUCUACCUCUGUGGAAAUAAAUAACUGUUCGCUCUUGUCCUCAUUGUAACUGUCUUUACUUUGAUAACAAGAAUUAUGUUCCCAGCUGUUGGCUAUGCCAGAGUUCAAAGUUAGCCUGAUUUAAUUGUGCAUGCUUUCAUUUUUUAGCACGUUGUCUUGGAGCUAUCGUGUUGCUGGUGGUAACUCUUGGAGGCCACCUUUGA